GAACACCAUGUCUCUGUGUCAUUGUUGCUUUAUGUCACACACCUUAGCACACACCAGACCCCUUCUCUCAUGACUGGAAAACUCUACUACAGACUCAUCCACCACUGAGUGCAAGCUACACACUAAGGAUAAUGUUACCCUGUUCGAAAUGUGCUGUGAUCCUCUGUCUCCUGCAAGUCCUCUGCAUUACCGCCGACAUAGACACUGGCUCCUUCCUGAUCUACAAUGAGAACCACAACAAGUGCAUAAAGGCGGAGAGUGCCACCUCAAUGACGGUGGCGACUUGUGAUCCUCGUGCCAAAGAGCAGCAAUUCCGUUGGGCUUCCGAAUCGCGCAUCCUCAGUCUGUCCCUCAAGCUCUGUAUGGGGACCACGGAGAUUAAAGACUGGGUGAAGGUGGUCCUCUUUGAAUGUGAUGAGAGCAAUAACCUCCAACACUGGCAAUGCAAGAAUGAGACCCUCUUUGGCCUAAAAGACCAGGACCUGCACUUAAACUGGGGCAACCGCGGAGAGAGGAACAUAAUGAUCUACAAAGGUUCAGGGCUCUGGAGUCGCUGGAGAAUAUUUGGGACCCGGGGUGACCUUUGUUCAAAGGGGUAUCAAGAGGUUUUCACGUUAGGGGGCAAUGCCUUCGGAGGCCCUUGUCAGUUCCCAUUUCGGUUUAUGGAAAAGUGGUAUGCUGAAUGCACAAAGGACGGUCGCUCAGAUGGACAGCUGUGGUGUGCAACAUCAAGAGACUACGAUAAAGAAAAGAAAUGGGGCUUCUGUCCCACCAAAGGAACCUCAGGUUGGGACACUGACCCGGUCACAGGAGUUCAGUAUCAGAGGAACGCACAGUCGGUGUUGACCUGGCAUCAGGCCAGGGUGAGCUGCCAGCAGCAGGGAGCUGACCUCCUCAGCAUUGUAGAGCUACAUGAACAGUCAUACAUCUCAGGGUUGACAAAUUUUUUGGGAACAUCUCUGUGGAUUGGACUCAACAGCUUGGAUUUUGAGAGUGGAUGGCAAUGGAGCAACGGAAACCCAUUCAGAUAUUUAAACUGGGCCCCAGGUCAUCCCUCAUCAGAGCCCGGGCUUACAUGUGCAACCCUUAAUGCUGGAAAAGCUGCAAAAUGGGAGAGCAACGCCUGCACCAAGAAACUUGGUUACAUCUGUCGCAAAGGAAACGCCACCAGUCUGCCUCCACCACCAAACAAAGAUCAGCCCAGCUUCUGCCCCAGUCACUGGGUUCCUUAUGCUGGUAACUGUUACUACCUGGAAAGGACUAAAAAGAUGUGGAGGGACGCUUUGGCUGCAUGUCACAAAGAGGGUGGAGAUUUGGCCAGUAUACUCAAUAUAGAAGAGCAGAGCUUCAUUAUUUCUCAAACUGGAUACUUACCGACAGAUGUGCUCUGGAUUGGCUUAAAUGAUCAGAGGAACCAGAUGCUGUUUGAGUGGUCUGAUCGCUCCCAUGUUACCUACACUCAGUGGCAGAGCGGUGAGCCGUCUCAUGCCACCAACCUCCAGGAGGACUGUGUUCUCAUCAGAGGAAAGGAUGGGAGGUGGGCUGACCACAUGUGUGAGAAGACGUUUGGAUACAUCUGUAAGAAGAAGGCCUCCACUAAACCAGGCGAAGGCACCCACGAGGAAGCUAACCCAGGAUGCAAGCUUGGCUCAAGGAGGUUUGGUUCUUACUGCUACAACAUCGGAUCUGAGACAAAAGCAUUCAAUGAUGCCAAGCGGACAUGCUCAGAUGCUGGUGGUAACCUGGUGGAUGUGGUUGAUAGAUAUGAGAGCGCCUUCUUGGUCAAUUUGGUGGGUUUGAGACCAGAGAAGUAUUUCUGGACAGGUCUGUCCAACACAGAAGACAGAAGCACUUUCAGGUGGACCACUAGAAGAAAAGUCGCAUUCACUAAUUUCAACGUGGGCAUGCCAGACAGAAAACAAGGAUGUGUUGCCAUGACAACUGGGUUUUUUGCUGGGCUAUGGGACGUUGUCAGUUGCAGCAACAAGGAGAAGUAUAUCUGCAAGAAACCAGCAGAGGGUGUAGCUGUGACAACAGUUCCACCCACCACUGCAGCCCUCAGCUGUGAGGCGGGUUGGAACCCAGUUGUUAACAGGAACAUGUGCUACAAACUUUACAAAAAAUCAAAGGAGCUGAGGAAGACUUGGCAAGAAGCACGGGACUUCUGCCAAGCCAUUGGCGGGGAUCUGAUGAGCAUACACAGUAUGCAGGACCUGAACAACGCUCCGUUUCAUUCAUCUGACCCAGCUUGGAUUGGCUUCAGCCUGGGUACCAAUCAAGGUUUUGUCUGGAGUGAUGGGUCGGCUUCCGACUUUGAGAACUGGGGCUACGGGGAACCAAACAACCACAAUGACAACGAACACUGUGCAGAAGUUCAGUUUUACUACGGACGGCACUGGAAUGAUCGGCACUGUGAGGCCUACCACGACUGGCUCUGCCAGAUACGCAAAGGUGUGACUCCCAAACCUGAGCCUGUCAUAGUUGAAAAAGUAUACAACACCACAGAAGAUGGCUGGAUUAUAUACAAUGACACACAGUAUCUCAUCAACACUGACAACCUCGAUAUGGAAGCUGCUAGAGCUGUCUGCAAAAAGGGCUUUGGUGAACUUGCGGUCAUCACAGGGGACACUGAGAGGAAGUUUAUUUGGAAACAGAUAGCGAAAGGCUCAGAGGGGCAGUACUUCAUUGGCAUGACAGUAAAUUUGGAUAAGUCAUUUAGCUGGAUGGAUGGCACCCCUGUAACGUAUACUGCAUGGGAAAAGAAUGAGCCCAACUUUGCUAAUAAUGAUGAAAACUGUGUGACUAUAUACAAGAACAUGGGCUAUUGGAAUGACAUUAACUGUGGUAUGGAGCUACCUUCUAUUUGCAAAAGAAGCAGCAAUUUCGUAAACACAACAAUGGCCCCGACUCCUAUUCCUUCAGGAGGAUGUGGACCAGAGUGGUUAGCUUUUCAAGGAAAGUGCUACAGAAUUGUUGACAAUGACAAUGACAAGAAGAACUGGCAGGACGCCAGGUCGUACUGCGUAAACCAGGGAGGAAAUCUGGUUUCUAUCCUCAACGAGAAAGAGCAAGCAUUCCUAACAACACAGAUGGUGAGAUACAAUGACGAUUUGUGGACUGGCAUGAAUGAUGUCAACUGGGAGAUGCGUUUUGUGUGGACGGACGGCAAACGCAUUUCAUACACCAACUGGGCCAAAGGGCAUCCAUCAUCAGUGCCUGAAGGACUUUAUUCAUUUAUGACUGAGAAAUUUGACUGUGUGAUUAUGGUGGGCACCACCCCUAAAAUAACUGGACUCUGGAAGGUGGAUGACUGUGAUACAAAACAUGGCUUCAUCUGUAAAAGAAACAUCGAUUCUCAGAUUGCGGUCCCACCUACAACUGUCCAACCAAAGGCUUUCUACAAACUUGGCAAUGACUCCUACAAACUAGUGGCCCAAAAGAUGAAAUGGGAUGAGGCGAGGAGGCAGUGCCAAGCAGAUGAUGCAGAUCUGGCCAGUAUCCUGAAUUCAGUAACUCAGGCUUACAUCACCUUGCAGAUUUUCAAGUACAACGAGCCUGUGUGGAUUGGCCUCAACAGCAACGUGACUGGUGGACGAUACAAGUGGGUUGAUAACUGGAUCUUGUCUUUUACCAAAUGGGGCCCCGAAGAGCCUAAACACAACUAUGGCUGUGUGUAUAUGGAUGUGGACCAAAAAUGGAAGACUGGACCAUGCACCAGCACCUACUAUUCCAUUUGCAAGAAAUCAACAGACAUUGCUCCCUCUGAGCCCCCACAACUCCCUGGAAAGUGUCCAGAACCAAAGAAACGAAAAACCUGGAUACCUUUCAGAGGCCAUUGUUAUUCCUUCCUCAGCUCGAUGGUUGACAACUGGGCCCAUGCCUCAGUUGAAUGUCUGAAAAUGGGUGCUUCUCUGGUGAGUAUUGAGGAUCCUCAAGAGAGUCAGUUCAUACAACAGAACCUGGAGCUUCUGCAGGACGGUGCCAAGUCCUUCUGGAUUGGCCUCUACAAGACUCAUGAAGGUGAGUGGAUGUGGAUCGAUAACAGUGCUGUGGACUACACCAACUGGAAAAAGGGCAUGCCAAAGACAGACUCAUGUGUGGACAUCCAUUCAGACAGUGGACAGUGGAGUACAAACACCUGCACCAGAUAUAAGUCUUACAUCUGCAAAACAGCCAAAGUUAUUCCGCCUACAGAGAAACCACCAGCUGUUGCCCACGUCAUAGAACCAAAAUCUAACGGGUCCGCUGGCAUCACUGUGGCUGUAGUACUGGUUGUAAUCGCCAUAAUUGGACUUGGCGCCUUCCUCCUAUUCCGUAAACAGAUCCCCACACCUGUCUUGGGAGAAAGCACCUUUGAUAACAAGUUAUACUUCAACAAUCCACUCCGAGCCGCUGUAGACACCAAGGGUCUGGUGGCUAACAUAGAGCAGAAUGAACAAGCAUAGACAGAUGUGAGAUGGGUGGUAAUCAGCACUACGAAAAUAAUUUUCAUCUUUAUUUUGGAUCACUUUACUGGGAGCUGAAUCUCAACCAAAAGCCUGUAGUGUUUUCCCAUAUAAAGAAGCCUGGGUUAAAGAUAAUUAUUCAGAAUUAUAUAAUAUUUCAUGCACGCACUGGCACUGCACUAAGCGAAUUAGUGACAAGAUAAUAUAAAUGAACAACCUAUAACAAAAUUGACAUGAUUAUGUGAUUUGUGAAAUGUGUACAUAUUAUUUUUUUACUUUUUACCAGUCAACAUAACCAAGAAUAUUUGUAAACCAAUUAAAAAUCAAGAAAGAUGAAGAUGUUUUAGUGUAAUUAGACAGAUUUUUCUCAACUGUACUGCUUCUUAUCAUUCUCCACUCACGCUUACGACUUUGUAAAUAGAAGCUCAAUAAAAGAAAUUAAUGAACAAA